UGUAGUCGGGUAGCGAGAAAUAGGAUCGAUAUAUUCUUAUCAAUCCACCCACGAAAAUUCCUGACUUGCCUCACCUUGAGCCUGGAUCCUUUAGAGUGAUAAGCUGGUUCUUUCUCCAUCUUAAAGAUAUAAGAUAUAAUGGGUGACGACACAGAAUACAGAAUUCGUCUUGUGAUUCUUGGAGGAGGAAGAGUUGGAAAGAGUUCGAUUGUGAAGAGAUUCCUCUUUAAUGCUUUCUGUGAAAAAUAUCGUCCGACAGUUGAAGAUCUUUUCUGUCGCGAAUUUGAUAUCGGUUCUACAGUUUUAAAAGUAGACAUAAUGGAUACCGCUGGAGAUCUUCAGUUUCCGGCCAUGAGAAGGUUAUCAAUAGCAAACGGUUUAGCAUUUCUUCUCGUCUAUAGCAUAGAUUGCCCAACAUCAUUUAAUGUUGUCAAACAAUGUUUUGAAGAAAUAAGAGAACAAAAAAAGGAUUUUCAAGAAUUGCCAAUAAUCGUCUGUGGAAACAAGAGCGAUCUUGGUGAAGAAAAAAGAGUGGUGAAGAAGGAAGACGUGGCCGAAUGGGUUUUUUGUGAUUUGCCACGUCUUAGAGUUAAAGUCAUGGAAUGCUCUGCCAAAGAAAACAUAAAUAUAAAAGAAAUAUUUAAGGCAUUUUUACAAUUGUCUAAAAUCCCUUUACCAGAAGGUGCUAGUCUGAGACGUCGUUCAAGUGCUCACGUACCCACAGGAAAAUCGACACGAGUAGCUACAAGCUUGAGUCCUCAUCACGAUGCAGGUUUUGAUGAAAGUUCUGGUUCAAGAAUAAAACCCAGAAGUCGAAGUUUAAUCAGAAGAAGCAGCAAAAAGGUUUCCAAAUUGAAAGAACAAGCCCAAGACGUCGAUGACUGUGUUGUCUCGUAAACAGGGUCAUUAUAAGUUUGAAAUAAACAAACAUAUCUUUGUUUGUGCCACAUAUCUUUUUUUCCUUCUUCUCUUUAUUUGUUUUGUAAAAUGUUAUUUAGAAAUAGUUUAAUGUAGUUCAAAUACAGACAAACAUAAAAAAGGUAUUCUGUAAUUUAUGGCUCAAGCCGAAUGAAAUUAACUUCAUAAUUAAACAAAAAGAAUAAUGUUUGCUUAAUGAAAGAGUAUUUGAAACGAACUAUAAACAAAAAUUUACAUUAAAGUACAUUACACAUUAGUAAAUUAAAGAAACAAAUACAUGGAAAAAAUCAAUAAUUAGAAUAAAAUAUUUUAAUUUUAUAGCCGCAUCGCAUCUUGAAAUAACAUUUUUGAAAUUAUAUCGAUAGUUGGAUAAAUAGGACAUUAGAAAGGUGUGUGCCCUUAUUUACUGAAUUUAUCUUAAUGAUUUAAUGAAUUCUGAGCAUCUGGUAUCGACAAGCAAAUACUGAAAUAGCAUAUGUAAUAACUUUUUAUUAGUCUCUGAAAAGAUUAAUUAAUAGGUAAAAAUCAAACAACUUACUUUAAAUAAAACUUCAUAUUUUAUAAAGCUAUUUGGUUUGCACCAUACCUUACAGGAUAUCAUAAUAUAGAAUGUAAACAUUUACAUAAAAAUAGACUUCAUUUUACUCAAUUGGAAAUCUGUGGUCUUUCUUUUUCUAUAGGAAAUGUAUUUUUUAUCUUAAAAUCUACAGAUAUUUUCAACUCUUUAUAAUCGUUUCACUAAUCUCAAUGGAAUUACAUUACACAUGAAACAAUAAUUGAGCCUUUAUUAGCUAUGACAGAAAUAACGCAUAAAAUAAACCUUAAAGAAUCUAUAUAUCUUGGACAUUUAGGUGACUGAUAUCCUAUAAUUCUAGUUAUAUCUGCACUGAAUAUUAUAGUAAUGAAACUAUAGAUGUCUUUAGGGUAAUUCGCAUCUUUCCUAAACUUUUUCAAACGUCAGAAUGAAUUAGGUAUUGUUAGGAUGCCUAUUUAUAAUGAUAGUCAAUAUAUACCUUAUCAAAAAUUAAUUUUUAAUUAUGAUUUUAAAAUAUUUAUUUAAAUGAAUCUUAAUUAUUUAUUCGAAUAAUUUCAACCUUAAUUAAUAUUUAAAAUUGAAUUUUGCGAAUUAUUUUUAAUAACAGCUUUAAAUUUAAUUUUUAAAAAUAGAAUAAUAAUUUACCAUAAGUGUAUAAUUUAUCAAACUAAUUAUAUGGAUCAAAAUACUUGACUUGAAUAUGUAAAUGCAAAUGUAAAGCCAAGAUAUUUGCCUUAAUUAUUAAUAAUCACUGAAUAUUAAUAUGCCUUUAAAAUAAAAAAAUAACCAAAAUUUCAUACAUAUAUAUAGAUAAGUGAUGAAAAUUAUAUAAUAAUUAUUGAAAAAUAUUGUUAAAAUAUCUAUAUUAAAAAAUUCUGAAUGCCUAAUUAUAAUGUCAAAUGCCAAAUCUGGUUAAGUUUUAAGGGACCAGAAAUAAAGUCUAUUAAGAAAAAGUAUUUUACAUUAGCAGGCUUUAUGUUUGCAAUGAUAUAUUGUUGUCUACUCAGAGUUUCAUUUUGAAAAGAUAUAGGGCUACACAUUUAAUAUGAGCCCAUUUACUGAACCGUGAAGCUCCAAAGAAAAUAAUUCUCAGAACGUUUUGACAAAUUUAUAUGUCGAAAAAUUUAACUCUUGAGUAUCUUUCAUAAUUCAAGGAUAUUUUCUAGUGCCAUUUGUAUAUAUUCUACAGCAGUACAAUAAAUAUGAAUUAAAGAAUGAGCAAAUUAGUAAAAGAUAUAAAUUAUAAUAAAGUGUUUAAGAAAAUUAAUCUUUCUCUUUAUUAAGGUUGUUCACCUAAUUAGGUUGCAGAAAAAUCAAUAAUAAUGAUAUUUUAAUGAUUUAGUUGUUGUGCAAAUUAUUGAUCAAGUAGAAAUUAGUUCUCCUUAAUUUAUUUUGCUAGAAUUUAUUUCUCAUACCCAAUGAAUUUAAGAUCUUUUCCUUCAGAAUAUUGCCAUAAAUUAAACUAUAAAAAUUCAUGUAAACUUACGUUAUAGUUUUAAUAAAGGCG